GUAGUUCCGCAUUUGCAGCGGUAGGUUUGUAGCUGCACGGUUAGACGCUGUAAGUAAAGUAAAACAGCGGUAUGCGUUGCAUUUUAUUAUUUUCUGAAAUACGUUAUACACGAUGGUAAUUUUUAUUUUAGCGCCUGUUAAAUAAAGUAUGCGGCCUUUAUAAACGACGUUACUAUAGGCUGACAGUUUUACAGAACGACCGUAGCCGUGAAUUUCUUUAAGUCUCAACAAAAUAAAGAUGGAUGCUAAAGAUACAAUAGAAAAACAACCUAAUGCAAGUUUAGAGGAAUGCAGAAUACGUCUCUGUGAGAAGUUUGCAUCUAUCACUAGUUCGGACGACGCUGUGGCUCAGUGCUACCUUGCUGAAAAUGACUGGGAUAUGGAAAGAGCCUUAAACUCCUUUUUCGAGGAAGAUAUGAAAGCUGUCUUCGAUGCAGAUCAAGAUGCAAACCCCAAGAAGGAGCCUCCGCAAACAUCGAAAAAUGAGGCAGGGGCCGUGGAUUGCAUAGACUUAACAGAGGAGGAUCCUUCAUGUUCAGGAGCAGAUUCUACAGAUGGCAAGAGGCAGCAAGCGGAGCCAGACGAUGACUGCAAGCUGUCUCUGCUCACCUGGAAUGUGGACGGUUUGGAUACUGGCAACCUGGCAGAGCGUGCCCGUGGACUCUGCUCAGUGCUGGUUCUGUACACACCUGACGUAGUGUUUUUGCAAGAACUCAUCCCACCAUACAUGAAAUAUCUCAAAAAACGUGCUACAUCAUACAUUAUAAUUGAAGGAAAUGAAGAUGGUUACUUCACUGGUAUAAUGUUGAAGAAGACCCGAGUCAAACUCCUAAAAAGCGAGAUUAUCAGUUACCCGGCGACCCAGAUGUUGCGAAAUCUUCUCGUCGCUCAAGUCAGAUUCUUGGACCAAGACAUAUGUCUGAUGACAUCACACCUGGAGAGCUGUAAAGAACAGGCCCAGGAACGAAUGAAUCAGCUGCGAGUGGUGCUGAGGCGCAUGAAGGAGGCUCCUGACAACGUCUCCGUUGUAUUUGGAGGAGACACCAACCUGAGGGACCCUGAAGUGCUCAAAGUGGGGGGGCUACCGGCUGGCGUGUGCGACGUCUGGGAGCAGCUGGGCCGACAGGAGCAUUGCCGCUACACCUGGGACACCAAAGGCAACAGCAACAAGGGCCUCCCUUAUGUCAGCAGAUGUCGCUUUGACCGCAUCUACUUCCGACCGGCCGGGACGGGGUCCCGCUUGGCCCCAGACCACAUGAACCUGGUCGGUCUGGAGAAGCUGGACUGUGGUCGUCAUAUUAGUGACCACUGGGGCAUCUACUGUACCUUCACCUUGGCCUCCUGAGGAGUUACUUACCUGCUGUCAAACUAUUCAGUAGUAGUGGAAAUGAUUGCACUCAAGUGUAGCAAUGAAUGUUAUUGUUAAUGUGUAAUAUACCUCAAGGGCCAUUUCCCAGCCCCGUUUCAUGGAAUCUCUUCAGUCAGUAUCAUUCUUCUGAUCUGUACAACAUGGAGUUUCAAACAUCAUCACGUAUUAAAGCAGCCAUUGUAAGAGGUUUACAUUGCAAUUUGAUCACUGUUCUUUUAAACACCCUGAAAUGAAUAUAUUUUAUCUCAAUAAAAUGAGCUCAUUUCAAGGCUG